AUGGGUCUUAUUAUAUCAAGAUUUCGCCGCAAGAGAACGACGAAGGACAUCCUCGAGGAACUGGAGACGAAAAUUAAAAGCAUAGAAAAGGAUGGCGAAUACAAGGAACAGACACACAAACGGGUCAUCGGGAUGAUCAUGGUCAACUCGGUGGGACUGUACGUGCUGUUCGCGCUGCUCUACUACUUCAUAUACGCGGGCAAGAGUCAGUACUGGGCGCAUUCGCUCAUGUAUGCAUCGCCGCUGCUCUUGCUGCCAGUAUUAGUUAUAUUCCUCCGGUCUGCAAUAUCCACAUACUAUAAUUGGACACUGAACAAGAACAGGGCGAAGUUGUCCAAGAUGCGCGAGGAGAAAAAGAAGAUUCUAGAAGAUGUAAUGAAUACUGAGACUUAUAAGGUCGCGAAAGAAAUACUGGACAAGUACGGAACGCCGGAGGAGCAGUCUAAAGCCUUGAAGCCGUUUGUUCCACCAUCGGUGACACCCAGCACUCCUUCUACCCCAGCUCAGCUGAGGCAAAGGCAGGUAGCGAUGGUCACGUCGACCCCGAAUAACAGGAAUCUGAACCUUGUUCCAAUUACUCCAGGGACGGUGUUCAAUGGGACCCGGUUACGGUCGGAUCAACUACCGCGCCCUCUGCCGGAUGCCAACAAAUCUGCGUUGGAUAAAGUCGUGGACUACUUGCUCAAAGACGGACCUAACUAUCGAAUGGCGUUAAUUUGUUCAGAGUGCUUCUCACACAAUGGUAUGGCCAUGAUCGAGGAAUUCGACUAUGUGUCUUACAAGUGCGCGUAUUGCGGUAAAUUGAAUCCGGCGCGGAAGCAACGGCCCGCUGCGCCUGCGCUGACUUCCCCUCCAGCGCUCACUUAUACGAACAAUAUAUCGCUCGUCCCAGGUGGUGGAGAUGACUCGUCCCUGGCGAGUUCUGGAACGGAGAGCGAGGAAGAGAAAGACGAUUACCCGGCGGAGAUAGGAAAAGUUGAAUCGGAUCGGCCCCCCUCCGCAACGGAAGAGGAACCGAAAUCUGAAGCCGACAAGAAACAAGACUGA